AUGGCAGCUUUAUCCAAAUUCCAGCCUAUUGCUGGAAGCACUUCAAUGUUUUACGGUGCUACAACAAUUGCUUCAAUUCUUUUUGUUGCCGCAUUUGUAAAUAUUGUUUGGAAAGGCGUUCCAUCAUCAGUAAUAUUGAAACGAAAAAAUGUAAGAAGAUGGAAAUCUCCAAAAUGGUAUAAUACUACGAAUACAAGGCUUCUUUACAAGCUUUAUUUUUUGUUUAAAAUUAUUAUUCCACGUUUCAAAUGUAAGGAAACAUUGCUUAUUGCACUCUAUACUCUUGUGUUACUGUCAAGGACAUUACUGUCCAUUUAUGUCGCAUCUUUGGAAGGUCAUUUAAUUCGGACAAUAGUUGAAAAACAAUCUUAUGCAUUUAUUCGAAAUCUUAUUAAAUGGUUCCUUGUUGCACUACCAGCUACAUUUAUUAACAGUAUGAUUAAAUUUAUGGAAGGAUAUGUUGCCAUAGCAUUUCGUGCUCGCCUUACUCAAUAUGCUUACAACAAAUAUCUAUCGGAUUGUACAUAUUAUCAUGUAAAUAGUUUGGAUGGACGACUAAAAAAUGUUGAUCAGUGUUUAACUGAUGAUAUUAUGGCAUUUUGUGAAGUCGCUUCAAGCCUCUUUUCGCUAAUUCUUAAGCCGCUUUUCGACAUCUUUUUCGUGGGGCUGACACUGAUAUAUAAAUCACGGAAUGCUAAAUUAGGUUCAGGACUAUUCGUUUUAAUUAUCAUGGGUCCUAGUGUAUUAAUAAGUACUGCCGGACUGCUGCGAUAUAUAUCGCCCAACUUUAACAAAUUGCUUUCGGAAGAGUCAAAAAAAAAGGGCGCGCUGCGUUUUUUACAUUCACGUCUUAUUGCAAAUUCCGAGGAAGUUGCAUUUUACAGAGGCCAUGAGACUGAAAAAAUUUGCCUAUUAAAAGCAUUUUAUAACAUUCAACAUCAUGCAUAUUUAAUAUGCCGGAAGAAAAUACCAUAUAUUAUGGUGGAACAGUAUUUAUUAAAAUAUUUAUGGACAGCUACGGGUAUGAUUAUGAUUGCUCCUUCGCUAUUCACAACAAAAUCUAUCAAAACAUCAUCAUCAGAAAUAAAAAUGGGUGAUCGAACAAGAAAUUUUAUGACUGCAAAAAAUUUAAUGGCUGUAAUAGCAGGUGCUGCUGAAAAAUUAAUGGUUUCCUACAAAGAGGUGGUCGAAUUGGUUGGAUACGUGUCACGUAUUUAUCGUAUGUUUGAAGUUUUUGAAGAGGUGAAACAACAAAAAUUUAUUGGAAAAAGAAGUGUGGAAAAUGUGAACGAGAAUAAAAUAGAACAAUAUAAUGCUGAUGAAAUACGUGGUGAAAUUGUUCAAACAAAUGGCGUUGUAAGAUUAUGUAAUGUACCUAUUGUUACACCAGCUGGGAAUGUUAUUGUCAACAAUUUCAGCAUUGAGAUUCAUGCUGGCAUGCAUUUAUUUAUUACUGGUCCAAAUGGUUGUGGUAAAAGUUCACUGUUUCGAAUCCUUAAUGGUUUAUGGCCAGUACAUCGUGGACGAUUAGAAUUACCACCAAAAACUGAAAUGUAUUAUUUACCUCAACGACCAUAUAUGACUUUUGGAAAUCUAAGAGAACAGAUCAUUUAUCCGGAUACGCUGGUCGAUAUGCGAAGAAAAGGUAUUACAGAUAGUGCUUUAAUGGAAAUUUUGAAAACGGUACAUUUGAGUGACAUUGUGGAGCGUGAAGGAGGUUUUGGAAGCGAACGUGAAUGGAUUGAUGUUCUAUCAGGCGGUGAAAAGCAACGAUUAGGCUUAGCACGGAUUUUUUAUCAUCAACCAAAAUAUGCCUUAUUGGAUGAAUGUACCAGUGCAAUAUCGAUAGAUGUAGAAGCAAUGAUUUAUCAAGCAAUGAAAGAUGCCGGAUUUACACUUCUCUCUGUAUCACAUCGACCAAGCCUUUGGCGAUUUCACACCCAUCUUCUGCAUUACGAUGGGCAAGGAAGAUACCGGUUAUGUCCGAUUGAUUCUAAAAUCUUACUAUCAUCCAAUAGUGAUAUGAACAAAAAUGAGUUGUUCUGUGACAGCGGCAAUACGAAAGACGCUACUCCGAACUAUUCAGCGAGUAAAAAUGAAACAUAA